AUGGCGGGCGCCGGGGAGGAUUUGAGAGCGCUCUUCAGGGCUGGCGUCCGCGCGGCGCUGGAGGCCUGGCCGGCCUUGCAGAUCGCCGUGGAGAAUGGCUUCGGGGGUGUGCACAGCCAGGAGAAGGCCGAGUGGCUGGGAGGUGCCGUGGAGGAGUACUUCUCCCGCAAUGCCGACCUGGAGCUGGAUGAGGUGGAGGAUUUCCUCGGGGAGCUCAUGACCAACGAGUUUGACACGGUUGUGGAGGACGGGAGCCUGCCCCAGGUGAGCCAGCAGCUGCAGACCAUGUUCUACCACUAUCAGAGGGGUGAUGGGGCCACCAUGAAGGAGCUGACCUCCCACAUCAUCCAGAGGAAGCGCAGGGUUAGAGCCACGGCACUUUCGACAGACAAGCAGGCGGAUGAUAAUAAUGCGGACAGUGCGGAGGAGAUGGAGGUCACAGCUACGAAUGAUGGGGCAGCUACCGGUGGGGUCUGCCCCCAGCCUGAACCCUCUGGUCCAGACACCCAGACUAUUAAGGAAGAAGAUAUAGUGGAGGAUGGUUGGACCAUUGUCCGGAGAAAGAAAUGA